AGCAUAUUCAGGGUGCUCGAUCUGAAUCAAUUUUAUGAAAUAAACGUGAGAAUGGCUUUGCGUGUUCCGUGUAACGUGUAAGCGUGUACGUCUGUUGCCGCCAGUCUAUUAAAAAAUAGUUGAUUACGAUCAAAUUUGAAAAUGAUAGAUUUGCGAGAUGAAAGUGAGCAAAAUGCAGGGAGCAAUAAAAAAUAUGGUAAUCUCAAUAUACCUGUUACAUCUCAGCAAGGAUUAAUGCCACUCAGUCCUUAUUUAAACUUCGACACUGCAUAUCUUCCACCCAGUCAACCUGAAUAUAUAUUUCCGGAGGGUGCGGCAAAACAAAGAGGUAGAUUCGAACUAGCUUUUAGUCAAAUUGGAGCAGCUUGUAUCGUAGGGGCAGGUAUCGGUGGUGCAACAGGAUUAUACAGAGGUAUCAAAGCAACGUCGUUAGCUGGUCAAACCGGCAAGCUUAGGAGAACUCAAUUAAUCAAUCAUGUAAUGAAAAGUGGUUCCUCGUUAGCGAAUACAUUUGGGAUAGUAUCUGUGAUGUAUAGUGGUUUUGGUGUACUUUUGUCUUGGGCAAGAGGUACAGACGAUUCUGUAAAUACUUUAGCAGCAGCAAUGGCCACAGGCAUGAUGUUCAAGUCUACAACUGGAUUGAGAAAAUGCGUGGUAGGUGGUUUCAUCGGCAUAGGAUUAGCAUCAGCGUAUUGUUUAUGGAACAAUCGAGAAGCUUUAUCGGAAUUGAGGCAUCGCAGCAUUAAUCCAGCGUAAGACUAUCGAAAUGAGAUCUUAAACGUAAUUUAAUGCUCGAUAAAGCAAAUUUGACAACGAGUUCGAUAUAGUAUAUAAUUUGUACAUAAAAAAAAACGGAACAUCUCGAACGAUCCUCGAACUAAAGAAGACGGAACAAAAGGUUUAUCGGAACGCACGUAAAA